AAAAUACUAAUCAACAGCCAAGUAAAGUAUUUGAUUCAUCAAAAAAGAAAAGUUUAAGGAGUAUUAAAGCAAAACAAGCGGCAAAGAAAAUAGGAGGGGCGACGUUUACCAAUGAUCAAAGUUUUGAUACCGAAGAUACUGAAUCGAUUGAUUCAAAUUGUUCAACACAAACAACAGCUGGUGGUACUAUGACAAAAUCAAAAACAAGUCGUUUUCGUCUAUUUCGACGUCGUACAGAAAAAGAAUUUGCUAGUGAUACCGAAGUAGAAAAACAACAGACAAAACAACGACGAAAAAAAUGGGCAAAAGAUAAUAUGGGAUCAUCAACCGUCUCAAAAUCAUCAAUAGUAGCAAAACGAUUAUUUGGUGACGAAAAUGACGAUAGUUUUAAUGAUGGUGAUAUUGAAGAGGACGAUGGAGAUGACAAAAGUCAUAUCUAUGAGAUGUUGGAUCCUAUCCAAAACCUAUUAGAUGAUACGGCAGUACCAGUACCAACAAUCACAACAAGAUUUGGCAAGCUCACAUAUGAAUCAAAAAACAAAUCAAAACCAACAGCGACACUUGAUGAAAUACGUUCAGAAAUUGAGGCAGAAAUUUUUGCAAGGCAACAACAGACACAGAAAUCAAAUGUAUCACUGUCAACAUCAAACAAACAACGACAAGACCAAUUAAAAUCAUUAAGACCGCACAGUGAAUACAGCGAUCAACAUAAUGUCGAUUCUACAUCUCCAACACGAAGAGAAACGACGAUAUUUUCCACAAACAGUUCACUUAAUUCUGGAAAUAAAAAACGCUCAAAAAGUGUUACAUUUCUAGAUGAAUUAAUAACAGGAGACGUUGAAAAAGGUUUAUUAUUGACCGAAAAUAAGCAUACUAAACGUAUUGAGAAAGGUGAUGCUCGUUACAUUUGCGGAGCGCUCACAGGUACAGGUGCCAUUCGUGGAAUAAUUAAAACUAGUAAUGACACUCCACCGACAUCACCCCCUCAAAGUAUUUCAACCGCUGCGCUUUAUUUAACAGAUGAUCGUAAACCGGCUAUAUCGCCCAAAACAGCAUCAAAUGAAACAUCAUCGAAAAGUCACUCUAGACCACUAUCGGCCUAUGCUUCCACGCGUCUAACAACACAGUUUUACGACUCUUCACCAUCAACUAGUGCAUUGCCUGAUCGAUCCAUCUCCAAUACACCAGCAUCAAAUAUAUAUCAAAAUGAAUCAUUUUUUAAACGUCCAACAGCUAAAGUAGCGCCAGUGUCAAAACAUACAGAUACAAGUACAAAUGGAUUUGUAGCAAAAGAAUUUAAUAACCGUAAAACAACGACAACCACUAUUCCUUUUUCAAGAUCAGUUGUUUAUAAUAAACCAAAUGAUCGUGAAAGCAGACCAUCGGUGAAAAAGAACAUGCAACUUCUUCACGAUAUCAAUGUAACAGCGACUUUAAAUGAAACUAUUGGUACAGUUUCAAAAACUGUCAUGUCAAUUAACAAAUUAAAAGAUUCGAAUUGUCCGCAGUCAGACUUAUGA